AUGGCGCCUGGGUUAGACUCUCAUCUAGACGGGCACAGCACGAUAGACUUAGCGACAUUCGAUCCGGACCACUACCUGAAUGCAACCAUGCACCACGAUGUUGCCGACAACAGCCUGGCAGCUACAUUCGAUACGGCGAAGGGAGAUAACAACGACAACUACCACCUUCCGACUACGCUCAGGGACGACCAAAACACCCAGUUGGAUUUGUCGUUCAAUAUGACGUCGCUAACUUGCAGCGCGGGCUGGGACGAAAACAUCGUUACGUGGCCUGACGACUUGUUUGGCGCUGCUAUCAACGAUGUUUACCCCAGUCCGAGCGAGACGAACAGCUGCGAACCCACCGACGUUGACGACGAUUGGGUCCCUCAGAAUGUCUACCAGAUGGGGUUUCAAGAUGACGAUGACAAUGGCGACUGGAGUUGUAGCUACGCUGGAUGUCGGUCCCUUGCGGUAUUCGAGCGUGCCUGCGAUCUCCGAAAGCAUCGUUCAACACAUACCAAGGCUUUCUUCUGCCCGCGUCCCGAAUGUGCGGCCUCUGGUAUUGGCUUCGCAAACCACAAGGACUACAGACGUCAUCUUCGCUCCCAUGAACUAAGCAUUCCCUGUCCCUACGCCUUGUGUGGCAGGGUUUUUAGCCGAAUAGAUAACAUGGUGAGUUUUCUGCGCGCGUCCAGUCCCCACUUUACUUCAUCGUCUUGCUCGUCUACAAUGGCCUCGUCUUCCACAGAAUCAAUAUUGAUAACGAUGCCCAACGAAGAGAAACCACUUCAGUAAGAUGCAUGGGCGGAAGAGAAACACGUUGUUUGCCCGCCCGUGCCGAAACAG